CACUCAAGCAAUGGAGCCACACCGGCCAGGGCAGAGAUUUGGAGUCAACAUAUGAGACCAAAAAUACCUUUUCAGGAAAGAACAUUUCUGAAAUCAAUUUUUCCCAGUGGGAGAUAAAGGAAAGAAGUAAAACCCUUGGUCUUGAGGCAUCCAUUUUAAAAAAUAACUGGAAGUGUAAAAGCAAAUUUGAGGGAGUACAGGAACAUCAAGAGGAAUACUUCAGUCAAGUGAUAAUCGACUAUGAAAAAAUGCCCACUUACAAAAAUAGUAAAUCUCUUCUUGCACAUCAAAGAAUUCAUAAGCCAGAGAAACCCUAUGUUUUUAAGGAAUGUGGGAAGACUUGUAGUCAUGGUUCAAAACUUGUUCAACAUAAGAGAACUCAUACAACUAAAAAUCACUUUGAAUGUAAAGAAUGUGGGAAAGACUUUUUUAGUGCCUAUCAACUCACUAUGCACCAGAGAUUUCAUACUGGUGAGAAACCCUACAAAUGUAAGGAAUGUGGGAAGACCUUUAGUUGGGGAUCAAGUCUUGUUAAACAUGAGAGAAUCCAUACUGGUGAGAAACCCUAUGAAUGUAAAGAGUGUGGGAAGGCCUUUAGUCGUGGCUAUCACCUUACUCAACAUCAGAAAAUUCAUAUUGGUGUUAAAUCUUAUGAAUGUAAGGAAUGUGGGAAGGCCUUUUUUUGGGGCUCAAGCCUUGCUAAACAUGAGAUAAUUCAUUCAGGUGAAAAACCUUAUAAAUGUAAAGAAUGUGGGAAGGCAUUCAGUCGUGGCUAUCAACUUACUCAGCAUCAGAAAAUCCAUACUGGUAAGAAACCUUAUGAAUGUAAAGUAUGUGGAAAGGUUUUUUGUUGGGGUUAUCAGCUUACUCGACAUCACAUAUUUCAUACUGGCAAGAAACCCUACGAAUGUAAGGAAUGUGGGAAGGCCUUUAAUUGUGGUUCAAGUCUUAUUCAGCAUGAGAGAAUUCAUACUGGCGAGAAACCCUAUGAAUGUAAAGAGUGUGGGAAGGCCUUUAGUCGUGGCUAUCACCUUACUCAGCAUCAGAAAAUUCAUACUGGUGAGAAACCUUUUGAAUGUAAGGAGUGUGGGAAAGCUUUUAGUUGGGGUUCAAGCCUUGUUAAACAUGAGAGAGUCCAUACUGGUGAGAAAUCCUAUGAAUGUAAAGACUGUGGGAAGGCCUUUGGCAGUGGGUAUCAACUUACUCGACAUCACAUAUUUCAUACUGGCAAGAAACCCUACGAAUGUAAGGAAUGUGGGAAGGCCUUUAAUUGCGGUUCAAGUCUUGUUCAACAUGAGAGAAUUCAUACUGGUGAGAAACCCUAUGAAUGUAAAGAAUGCGGAAAGGCCUUUAGUCGUGGCUAUCAUCUUACUCAGCAUCAGAAAAUUCAUACUGGCGAGAAACCUUUUAAAUGUAAUGAAUGUGGAAAGACCUUCAGUUGGAGUUCAAGCCUUGUUAAACAUGAGAGAGCUCAUACUGGUGAGAAAUCCUAUGAAUGUAAAGAAGGUGGGAAGGCCUUUAAUAGUGGGUAUCAACUUAGUGUUCAUCAGAGAUUUUAUACUGAUGAGAAACCUUAUCAAUGUAAGGAAUUUGGGAAGACUUAUCAUGGCUCAAGCCUUGUUCAACAUGAGAGAACUCAUAGUAAUGAUAAACCCUAUGAAUAAAAGAAUGGGGAAGUCUAUAUGGACAGCUUACUCAAAUGAAACAAUUGAUACUGUGACACUUUGUGAUUGAAAAGAUGAAAACGUGUGUGUGUGUGUGUGUGUGUGUUUGGACGACUUAACAAGUGGAAAGAUCUUACUCUGGAUAAAACUUAUGACUGUAGGGAAUGUGCAAAAGCCUUACUUCUGUUUGGACAAUUUGCUUCAUAUCAGGAAAUUCAUACUAGUAAGAAA